UCAUUGAAUGUUAUAACUAGUUAAUUUAUUUUUUUAGGUCUUUAAAUUUUGUUAAAUUAUCCCAUUUAUUUUUUACAUUUUGUGAAUUAAUUUAAAUACUUAAUUCUAUUCUACUUAUAUUUUUUCAGGUAGAGGAAAGAUCAUCUCUUAUGAAGAAUUCUUUUUAAAUUCCAUAUAUUCCGCUCUUUAUGUUAAUUCUAAACUAGUAGAUAACAUUAACGUAGAAUUAAAUAUUAUCAGAGUCUUAGUACGAAUUCAAAUAAUAUUUUCCAAAAACUCUUCUACAUUUUUGAAUCGUUGAUUAUUUUAUUACUAAUUUGUAUUAAUCAGUAAAAGUUUCUUUUAAGAUAUCUUACUAUCUCACACAAAUGGAUACCUACCUACACCCAUCUCUUUGUCACCCGCUUUUGCGAUUUUGGUGCUCAGGUUCGCCCUCUCUUAAAUGCUCGGACUUCAUGUAUCCUAUAUUUGUCACUAAUUCAUCGAUGCCCUCCAUGAUUUCGCCCUUAACAGAACUAGAACCCGAUAACUCCAACGAGAACUCCUCAAUUAUUAAUUCUAAGGAAGAUUAUUCAAUUCAUGCUAUUACUCCUAUACCCGACACUGUUAACCACAAAACAGAAACCAUGGCUAUGGAGAAGAAGGGCAUACCGGGCGUGUCAAAAAUAUCAAUCGAUAACCUCAUAACCACGCUAGAGCCCUUAGUAUCCAAAGGGCUCAAAUCGGUUUUAAUUUUUGCCACGGUUCCGGACGAGCUAAAAGAUGAUCGAGGUACUGCCGCUGAUUCCCUUCUAACUAACCCUGCCUUAAAAGCUGUUGGUUUGAUAACUGCAGCCUUUCCCAGGUUGCUCGUAGCCUGUGAUCUGUGCCUUUGCAAUUUUACUAACCAUGGCCAUUGUGGAAUACUCAAGCACGGCAAGUUAUUUUCAGCUGUACAAUCUGAUAAGAGAUAUGACCUUGUGGAUUUCAACGACAGGGAUAUUGACGUGGCAAUGCCUAGCAUCGAAAUAAAUCGUCCCGAAACGAAGACUGCCAAAAGACUCAAAACCAACUCUCAUAUCCUCCCGGUCCAGAGAGAUUUUGUCGAUAAUUUUGGGUCGGUGACUCGCCUGGUGGAGAUAGGGCUUGCAUACUCCCGUGCCGGGGCUCAUCUCUUGGCACCCUCGGACAUGAUGGAUGGCAGGAUAGGUGCCCUCAAGAGGGCCUUGGUGGCUCAUGGGUUGCAAGCUCGCACGGCUGUCAUGAGUUACAGUGCCAAAUUCGCUUCGGCCUUUUAUGGGCCCUUUAGAGAUACAGUCGGGUGCAAAAUCAAAUCGCUGGUGCACAAUACAGAUCCCACAAACACCCCCAAUGUGGAUUCCUUACCCAGUACCCGGUGCUUGAUUUCCAAUGAUCGCUCCAGCUAUCAACUGCCUGUUGGUUCUACCGGUCUGGCUCUACGAGCAUUGGAAAGAGAUGUUCGUGAGGGGGCCGAUAUUCUUAUGGUGAAACCUGCCACAAUGUACUUAGACGUGGUUAAGUUGGCCAAAACUCGAUUUCCUUCUUUUCCCUUAGCUACUUACCACGUCUCGGGCGAGUAUGCCAUGCUUUACCAUACAGCCAAGGCCGGCUGUAUAGACUUAGAAAGCGCCCUUGUAGAGACCGUUCUUUGUAUGAAACGGGCGGGCGCCGACAUAAUUAUAACCUAUUUCACGCCGUUGUUAUUGGACAUUCUGGCCAAAACUUACAAUCAUCCCACUUAUUCGGCUAAUAUGUAUUCAUCAUGUCCCAUGAGAACUCCCACGAGUUAUGAUAACUUGAACCAUUCGCUUAACGGUGGAAGAGAGGCAAGUCCCUCUCCCGAAUCUAUGAUUUCUUCUUUGGAUUCUGGAAUUGGAUUUCAUGUAGCUGUCGGUAAUGGGUUGGGUGAUUUGGUAGAAACCCAUGAGGAAAAUGGUAGGAGUAGGAAUAGUAACAAUGUUUCGCACCUUUCAGAGAUGUUAUUUUUGUAAAAUUAAUAUUUUUUUCACGAAAUUUUUAAUAUAUUUGGAAACUUCUAACAUUUUUUAUUUGAAUACUUUGUAUCCGUAAAAUUUUUUAUCUUUCUGCGGAUUUCGAUUUUCAAACUAACAGCACCAAUAUAUAAUUGCAUUUUAAAAAAAAUAUAAUUAUGGAAUCGGCUUUAGCAUUUCCCAAUGGAUGUUCUUGAAUAAACAUUUUAUUAAUAAAAAUGCUAUAUUUAAACAUCGUUGAUAUGAUUAAAUAUCAGUCAUUAUUAUUUCACAUCCCACAUUGAUUUUUUCUAUCUUAAAUGGAAAAAAAAUCCAAAAUGAAUAUAUUCCAAAUUAGGCAAUUUUUUAUAUCUUUUAUUGAUUACAUUAUACGAGUCAGUCGGCAGUAUUUUUUUUUAUAAACUUUAUUUAAAUUUUUUAUUGCAGGAAAUUAGUUAAAAAAAAUACGGAUUUAUACCUUAAAAAUUUUAAACCCAAUGUUAGUAAGUAUUCUAACUCAUGUUGCUCUCUUUUAAUCUACCUUUAUUCGAUUAAUCUAUUAUUUGAAUGCAUUUGAAAAUUUUUUUUCGAAAUUUAUUUUUAUUACGCCGUUCGAAUUUUAUACUUAAUAAAUAUUAUAUUAAAUUAUCAUUUAUAUUGCUCAUGUAAAACAAUUGAUCAGGUUGUUACAUUUAUAGAAAAUAUUUGCGAAAUACUAUUUAUUAUUAUAUAUUAACACAUUGAAGAUCGCUAUUUGCAUAAUUAAAAUUAUAUUACGAUGAGAGUAUUUUAUGUACAUAUGUUAGGGAUAGCAUAAAUUAAUUUUUAUAAUCACCCGUGUU